AUGGCCAGCGACACCGAAAACGGCUUCAGCUGCCGGGCAAACGGAGACAGCGCGCCGGGGCCGUUGUCCGACCCCGGGGACGGCGUUGGAGGCAGACCAAGCAUGAAGACUCUCGCGCGGCUGUGUAGUAGGGACGAGGAGGAGCGGGCGGCGGCUCUGGAGGAGCUCAGCCGAGGGGUUCUGGUGUGUCUGGGUUUGGACCGGCCCGGUUCGACUCGGCUGGGGAAAGAGACGCUUUUGUAUUUGCUCAGGCUUGCCCGCUCGUGUCCGUUGAGGGAAGUUCGAGCCCGGGCCAACGAGCUGCUGAGGGCCGCCCAGGAGCAAGGGAUUGAAGUUCCUCGGGCGCUGGCUUCCGGUCCCAGUGCCUUUAUUCCUGCUAAACAGAUAUUGAAAGACGGGCCGGACCAGGACAUCCUGAUCGAGUCUUUCCUGUCGCUGGGCCGCGUGGACCAUGUUACCAUGGUGAUGGCACUGCACCCCGCCUACCUCAGCUGCUUCCUGAGGACCCAGCAUGCCUUGUUGGAGAUGGACGGACCCCUGCCUCGACAUUGGAGACACUACAUCGCCAUCAUGGCCGCUGCGCGCCAUCACUGCUCCUACGUGGUUCAGCAGCACAGCGCCAGCUUCCUGCAGGCCGGAGGAGAUGAAAGCUGGCUGAGCGGACUGCAGAACGCCCCCGCCAAACUGAGGAGCCUGAACGCCCUCAACAAGCUGUUGGCCCACAGACCUUGGCUCAUAACACAGCUCCACAUCCAGGAGUUGGUGUACCCAGGCGCCGAGCUGCGCUGGUCGCUGGCCGAGCUGAUCCACGCCGUCAUCCUGAUGGCUCACGCCCACGCACUCUCAUCUUUCGUGUGGGGCUGCGGUCUCAACCCUGAGGCGGACCACGUUGGCGGCCACACCUUUCGGCCGCCUUCACCCGGACACCCCACCCGUAGUCCUCGCAGCCCCCACAGCCCCGCGUGUGAGGACGGACGGCAAGAGGUGGACGGCGCUGUGGAAGUGGAGGUGCUGAUGAAGAGGAUGGUGGAGCUGCAGGAGCAGCAAGAAGAAGAAUGUACACAAGAGGAGAUGGUCACGCGCUUUGAGAGGGAGCGCAGCGAAAGCAUCCCUACUGCGGUGGUACGAGGGGCGCCCCCGGAGAGGCUCCUUCACUUGAUGGAGGAUCCGAACUUCAGAUACGAAGACUUUGCACCCAGAGGAGAGCAGGCUCCGCCCACCAUGAGAGCCCAGGACUACUCGUGGGAGGACCACGGCUACUCGCUGGUCAACAGACUGCUGCCAGAUAUGGGGCAACUACUGGACGAGAAAUUCCAGGUGGUGAGCAACCUGACCUAUCACAGGAUGGCUAUGCACGAGGGCGUUGACACCCACACGCUGAGGAAAGCCUUGUGGAACUACAUUCAUUGUCUUUAUGGAAUAAGAUACGACGACUACGACUACGGUAGCGUCAACGUCCUGCUGGAGCGAUCCUUGAAGGUUUUUGUCAAAACGAUGGCCUGCCAUCCCGAGCAGACCACCGCGCGCAUCUAUCACGCUUUCUGGAGGCACUUCAGGCACUCGGAGAAGGUCCACGCCAACCUCAUCGUGUUGGAGGCUCGCCUGCAGGCGGCGCUGUUGUACACGCUGCGAGCCAUCACCCACUAUAUGAGAUGA